AUGGAACUCUUGAGCACGAUCAAUCUCUUAGCAAUCCUUCUUCUUCCCUUUCUUGUUCCCAAGAUAUGGAAAGCUCUCUGGAUCCUCGUGCUGCGGCCAUGGAUGCUAUCAAGAAGGUUCAAGAAACAAGGAAUCUCAGGCCCAAAGUACAGAUUCUUGUACGGAAACCUCCCCGAGAUGAAGAAGAUGAAGAAAGAAUCUGUGCUUUCGGUUCUCGAUCCCAACUCCAACGAUAUCUUCCCUCGUGUGGUUCCUCAUUAUCACCAAUGGAUAUCUCAAUACGGAGAAACAUUUCUCUACUGGAACGGAACAAAACCGACAAUAUGCAUCUCAGAUCCUGAGCUAGCGAAACAGAUCUUGUCGAGCAAGGUCGGUUUCUCUGCUAUACCAAAGACAAGACCGGAGGUCUUCAUUCUCUUCGGUAGAGGACUUUCUUUUAUCGAAGGUGAUGAUUGGGUUCGCCAUAGACGAAUCUUGAAACCUGUUUUCUCCAUGGACCGGCUCAAGCUCAUGACGAAACUGAUGGUCAAAUGCACUUUGAGGAUGUUGGAGGAGUGGAGAAAACAGAGUACUGGUGAAGAUGUGAUGGAGAUGGAGAUCAGAAAAGAGUUCUAUAGAUUGACCGGCGAUGUUAUAGCGACCACUGCGUUUGGAAGCAGUUACGCCGAAGGAGUCGAAUUGUUUAGAUCACAGGCAGAGCUUGAGCACUUUUAUGUUACUUCUCUCACUAAAGUCUACAUUCCCGGAAGCAAGUAUCUUCCUACGCCUACCAAUCUUCAGCUAUGGAAGCUCGACAACAAAGUGAAAAAAUCCAUCAAAAUAAUCAUAGAUGCAAGGCUUAAUUCGAAAUCCAAGAACUAUGGAGACGAUCUUCUCGGGAUCAUGCUGAAAGCUGCAACAUCUGCCGAUUCUGAGAAAAAGAUGAGCAUGAAUGAGAUCAUAGAAGAAUGCAAGACUUUCUACUUCUCAGGGCAAGGAACUACUUCGAUCCUAUUGACAUGGACUACGAUGUUACUGAGCUUGCAUCAAGAUUGGCAAGAGAAGCUCAGAGAAGAGGUUUUCAAAGAAUGUGGUAAAGACAAGGUCCCAGAUUCGGACACCUUCUCCAAACUCAAACUGAUGAACAUGGUGUUGUUGGAGUCGCUUCGUCUAUACGGUCCCGUGAUUAAAAUGUUUCGAGAAGCAACACAAGACAUGAAGGUAGGACACUUGGAGAUCCCCAAGGGCACGAGCGUAUACGUGCCGUUUCUGAAGAUGCACACCGACAAGGCCAUAUGGGGAGAAGACGCCAAACAAUUCAACCCUCUGCGAUUCGAAAACGGCGUUUCUCAAGCCGCGAAUCACCCAAACGCUCUCCUGGCGUUCUCAAUCGGACCGAGAGCUUGCAUUGCCCAAAACUUUGCCAUGAUGGAAGCCAAGACAGUGCUCACUAUGAUCCUUCAACGGUUUAGGUUUAGCCUCUCCAGCGAGUAUAAGCACGCGCCGGUUGAUCACUUCAAUCUUUAUCCGCAGUACGGCCUACCCGUAAUGCUUCAGCCUCUCGAUACUUAG